UCAGCUGAGAAAGGAAGAAGGUGUGGCUAUCGGAGACUGUCAACAUCCGAUGAUUGACUGGGAGAAAGAACGUACAAAAUGGAGAUACUCUUACUUGUCCAAACAGUGCUGUACUUUGCUAUAGCCAUCCUUGGCUUCUUUAUUACCGCUCCAGUGGCAGCGACUGUGAACAAUUUUAAGGGGAAGUGUGUUUUAUAUGGAACGGUGCAAUGGUACGAUGAUAGUAAAUUUCACUUUAAACCGGGAAAUCUGACUCUGUGUGAAUUCAAUAUCUACUUACAUGUGGGUAUCGCCAUCCUGUAUGCCUCUUCUGUUGGGGCCAUCCAUGUGUUCCUCCUCUUCAAGGAAAGGAAAAAUGAACAACUGGAAAUCCCCAAGAUUGUGAGGCUGUCAUUGAUCAUAGCCAAUGGAAUCUGUGCCUUCCUCACCUUGGUGUCUGCUGGGACGCUGAGCGCUGGCUUAUCAGAAUGGUGCUCACAGCUGAUGGAGGGAAAAAAUUAUCAUUUUGCCAUACAGUCAUGUUCAGAUGGCCAAAACUUCCAAUAUUCAGCGGGGAUAGAUGGCAGCAGUUUUCACACGUGUUUUACACUUGCUUUGGUAUCAGCAUGGGUGGAACUAACCCUCUGGCUAACCCAGGUGGGGCUGGGGCUGCUCAGAUUCCUCCGCGGAUGAGAUUGACCUCUGAUAUAACCUUUAACCUCUGACCUCUUGCUGGUGGGAAUACAAGUUGUACAUAAACCUUUACCAGACUGAGCUGAUGUAAUCUCCUUGCAUGAGACCAGCUGAUUUAAAUAUCCCUCUGUCCUCUCCCAUAUAUAUACUCAUGCAACUCUCUGGCGGCUGGCUUGUUGUGGGGGCUAUAAACUGCAGCUAGAAGGUCGUCUGCAUGGACUUGAUAUGGACCCACCACUGUUGUGGCCUGGCUGGCUUUCCUUAUGUGGUGCGUUCAAUUUACCAUUGGUUUACUUGUUUUCCUUGAGGGACUACCUACCUUUCCAGAAAAAUCUCGCGAGUUUAGAAAACGCCUUAGUUCCAUAUUUCAUAUUUCAAAAGCAUAAAGUCACAUGACCUACAUAAGUCAUCACAGAAUUGUAAUCUUAAAUUUGUAUGUUUCGGGUUUAUGUGUCACCAUAUGAUAAAUGGUAUUACAUAACAAACAGAAGAUGCUGUUUGCAUUCGUCAUUUGAAAGAAUCAUCCUAUUAUUGGGACCCAAGAAAUAAAACUUUAUACUGAAGAGCAUGUUUUUCAUGCAAAUUUUUCAUGGGGUUGGGAUGAAUUAUCAAAAUUAAAUUUUUUCAUAAAAAUACAUGUAUCACUUUUAAUACUAGAUCUUGAGCUAAUUAUGUGCUUUGAAACUGAAAGUGUCAGAUUUUUUUUUGGUUUUGAUUGUGAGCACUACUAAACGCUUAUUUAGUAGUUAAUUCAAUCUGCUCAUUUGGCUCUAACAAUUACAUGUAACUGGGAUCAUCGGCCAUGUGUGACAAGGCUCAUUUUUUUCUUGGCUUUUGUGCUUCAGAUUUUUUUUAUAUGAAUCUCUUGUCCAUAUGAUAUACACAAGUGCUACAAAUCUUACUUUAUUUUUGAAACUUUUUCAGUCUUUACAUUUCUCCCUUUGAUUUUAAGGUUCUAUAUUGAUCUGGGGAUACAUUUACCGGAGGAUAGCAUUGCCAAUAUUUUUAGACAGGAUAUCAUUGGAUAUUCAAAGAAAUAGGUUGUGUUUUUUUUUUUUUUUUUGAGUAACCACAGCUGGGAUGGAUUAUUUAUAUUUCUAUUAUUUUUGGAUAUUUACAUACAUGAUACGCUACAUGUAGGCCAGCUUUGUGAAAAUUAUAUAUGUAUUCCAAGUUUUUGAUUACUGGUUUAUUAUUUGCCUUCAGGUUAAGAAUAACGUCUUUUUGUCUAUAAUUUUGCAGAAAGUAUGUGUAAUUUUUCACGAUUCCUCUUCUAGUUUAAAUACCCAACAUGUCAGUGCAUCAUUAUAUUUAUCUAGAUGUGUAGUUAUUGCACUAAACACGGCUUCACAUAUAUUCUGUGGGCAAAGAAAGUUAGUGUCACCUGUAUAGUCCAUUUUCCUGACACAUAUUGUAUCUGUCAUCUAUUGAUCUGGUUUGAUCAAUCUGACAAAACUUACUUGUGGGUAUAGCUCUUGUAAAUUAAAGAUUUAUCUAUGACCAUAUUAAAACUUUGCAUGCACAUUUUUUUCUACAAACUUACAAAUACUUCUAUCUUUCACUGUACUUAUAUUUUCUCAUUUAUAUAAAACAAUAUGCAUUUAUAUAUAUUUGUGCAAUUUCUGUUCUUCCUUUUCAGAUUGUAUCAAACAAUCAUAGUGAUAAGUGAUGUGUACCCAGAAGUAAUUCUUUAACAUUUUUUAUAUGAAAGAGCAAUUUUCAGUGAAAUUCACGCAUGUUUUUAAUUUUAUUUUAGAGAUAAAACAACGCGAAAAAGUUGAGGAAUUACAGUAUGUAGAAGCACUCAGUACAUAGACCUACAUGCUGUGCAUUCAAGUGUCUAUAGGCUUUACAUUGAACAUGUUGAGUGUACAGGAUACACUGUUACAUAAGGUGGACCUACAUUUAACUGCACUUUUGCUGUCUAAAAGUAUUUUUGUCUUUAGAUGAACUUGAUAAACUCUUGAACAAUAGACCACUUAAGGGACAUCAGUAUCUAUUCAGAAGAGAAAUUCCAGAUUUUUCUUAUGCCUCUAGGUGAACUUCAUCUUUAAACUCUUGAACAAUAGACUACUUAAAGAGACAUCAGUAUCUAUUCAGAAGAAAAUCAACAUGCAAAAGCAAUUCAGUUAGUCGUCCAGAAAUUCCAGAUUUUUCUUACGUUUUUUUACAUAUUACUGCUGCAUGAACAUGAUAAGCAUGUGACGUAUAUAUAUAUUUUUACAUAAAAUUAUUACACUACUUAUUACAUUACAUAAUUUAUUACUUAAAAAAUACUACAAUUUAGCAUACAUGUCUACAUAUUAACCAAGUUAAACUACUGUAUGUUUCCCCUGAACUUGUAUCAUCUGGUCAUCUGAAAACAUCAUCAUAAGGCUAUGUACCAUGUAUGUAGCUUUCAGUUAAAAUACCAUGCAUUAAUAAAUUCUAUAAUAUGAAAUUAAAACAUAAAAAAAAAACAAGAUUUCCGUUAUUUUAAUCUCUUUUAAAAUACAUGUUAAAUAAUGUCCAUAAAAAUAAAGGAGAAAUUUUAUUCUUUAUUUUAAUAUUGUGUAAAACUUUAAACGGAUACAGAAUCGAUGCUGAUUGGUUGACACUGGAGAUAGGGUUUCCUGGGUUAAAUCUUGUGGCCAUGGUCACGCUUGAAUAAAAGUACCAUAUACCUAAAAUUCACCUUAGGCAAGGCAUAGCCUAGACAUGCAUAUCUCUUACUACAGCCUAUCAGAAUCUUUUCUGUAUCAUUUCAAUACAAUAUAUAAUGAAUUUUUCUUCCUUCAUUGCAUGCUGGCCUUAAUGUCUGUCCUUGCAGUAAUAUUUAAAACUGCAGUGUAUAGGUGUGCAUGUAUAUGUGCCUAUAUAUGUAACCUUAUCAUUUUUACAGGUGUGGAUAAAUUUACUUUUGCCAUUAUAAAAGCAAGUGAUAUGUUUUGUGGAGCAGUUAGUGGAGAACUUCCUUGACAUCCACAAGUAUACGUAUUUACAUUUCCUUUUCUCUGCUAGUCUGAUAUUCUUCUACACAUUCCUCCACCUCCAUCACUGACCACCCUUUUAUGUCAUACGUAUUAAACACCAAUGAAAUAAAUAUACUUAUGCAUGCAUGCAUAUUCAUUUUUAUCAAUCUUGACACACUUUCCAUCAUGACUUGAACAGUGAUACAUCACAUUUGUAUGUUGGUGUAAACAGUAGGUCUACUGGUAAAUCUACACCCUGUUGUCAUGUUGUUAAAGUUUCUUUUCUUUCAAAGGAUUUUUUUUCUUCAUUGAAAAGGAGACUGAUUCUUAGUAUUUAUUGAUUAAAGUUUCAAUCCUGUUUGAGCACUCCAUCUGUUAAGAUUAUAUAUGUAUACACGGAUAUUACUGAAACAAGUUAAACAAGUUGCCUCAUUCAAUUGUUUUCCCCUUGUGCCUUUUUUAGAAGUUGCAUUCACAAAUGUUAAAGAACUACUUAAAUGUUAACAUAGAGAUGUCUUAGAGGCAAUGUUAAAUGAUAAGGAUCAAGAUAGUCAGAAUUGCUUUCUUAAAUUGGAAAAAACGCAUUGUUUUAAAGCUGUUGUUGUUAGUUCAGGAGGAUAAUAUGGAAACAAAAGUUUUAUGCCAUUUGCAAUUUUGCGAGGUGACAUCACACAAGAACACUUGACAUCACCCAUCACUGACUUUUAGCAGCAAAUGACAUUGUACUUUCAAACUGCAUGUGCACUUUUUCCUUGGGAAAUUGUGGAUCCUCUUGACUUUUGAUGCUCUUUGACACUUUAGCCAAAUACUAACAUAGAAAGUUUUGCUUUCAUCUGGUCAGUUUCUGAACUACUGUUUAAUGUAAUAAAAAUUAAAAAUAAAUGAAUUUUCUGUUUCCGUUCAA